AUGGCCUCAGGUCGAGUGGAAGGGUCCGAGUGCAAGACCCUUGUCCCCUGCAACGGCAGCCCCAGGUGUAGCCAGCAAGGAGGAAGCGGAGAAGGGCUCUGCAGUCCCAGCCCCUUGGAAUGCAGCCCCGGGUCCCAGCCACCAUCACCAGGACCUGCCACCUCCCCGGCGCCUCCAGACCUGGACCCCGAGGCAGUGCGCGGGGCCCUCCGGGAGUUCCUACAGGAACUGCGGGGUGCCCAGAGGGAGCGGGAUGAGCUUCGGACCCAGACGAGUGUCCUGAGUCGCCAGCUGGCCGAGAUGGAGGCUGAGAGGGACAGUGCAACCACACGGGCCCGGCAGCUGCAGAAGGCAGUGGCCGAGAGCGAGGAGGCCCGGCGCAGCAUGGACGGGCGACUGAGCGGGGCCCAGGCAGAGCUGGCCCUGCAAGAGGAGAGUGUGAGGCGCAGCGAGCGGGAGCGCCGGGCCAUGCUGGACCAGGUGGCGGCGCUGGAGAGGAGCCUGCAGGCCACCGAGAGUGAGCUCCGGGCCAGCCAGGAGAAGAUCAGCAGGAUGAAGGCCAGCGAGGAGAAGCUGGAGGGCGACAAGCGGCGCCUGAAGGAGGUGCUGGACGCCUCGGAGAGCCGCACGGUCAAGCUCGAGCUGCAGCGGCGCUCACUCGAGGGGGAGCUGCAGCGCAGCCGCCUGGGCCUGGGCGACCGCGAGGCGCAGGCCCAGGUCCUCCAGGACCGGGUGGACUCCCUGCAGAGACAGGUGGCGGACAGCGAAGUGAAGGCGGGGACCCUGCAGCUGACGGUGGAGCGGCUGAGCGGGGCCCUGGCCAAGGUGGAGGAGAGCCAGGGGGCCCUGCGGGACAAGGUGCGGAGCCUGACGGACGCCCUGGCCCAGAGCAGCGCCAGCCUCACCAGCACCCAGGACAAGAACCUGCAGCUGCAGAAGGCCCUGACUGCCUGUGAACACGACCGCCAGGCGCUCCACGAACGGCUGGACGCUGCCCGGCAGGCGUUGUCUGAGGGGCGGAAGCAGAGCAGCGCGCUGGGCGAGCAGAUGCAGACGAUGCGGGGCGAGCUGGCCGACCUGGAGCUGCAGCGGGCGGAGGCGGAGGGCCAGCUGCAGCAGCUGCGGGAGGUGCUGCGACAGCGCCAGGAGGGCGAGGCCGCGGCUCUGCACUCGGUCCAGAAGCUGCAAGACGAGCGGCAGCUGCUGCAGGAGAGGCUGGGUAGCCUGCAGCGCGCGCUGGCCCAGCUGGAGGCCGAGAAGCGGGAGGUGGAGCGCUCCGCCCUGCGGCUGGAGAAGGACCGCAUGGCCCUCAGGAGGACGCUGGACAAGGUGGAGCGGGAGAAGCUUCGCAGCCAUGAGGACACGGUGCGGCUGAGUGCGGAGAAGGGUCGCCUGGACCGCACGCUCACCGGGGCCGAACUGGAGCUGGCGGAGGCCCAGAGGCAGAUCCAGCAGCUGGAG